AUGCGGGUAAAUAUCCGCAUUCGUGGAGGGCCGUCCCAGCCGUGCCAGCUCACCAUCCCAGAAAUGGCCCCGGGGCCAGACAAUUUUGAGGUGAUUUACCAAUCAAACGUGAAGGUUUCAUCAUCACUUCUAUUGUAUAAAAUGGCGCCACGAGCCAUCUUAAAAGGAUUGAACACCCAAUCAAAACAACCGAAACCCGUCACCCCUCUGCAACGACAACUAGUCGAACAACGCGCCAAAGACUUGCUUCAUACGGAAGCUUCUGUGGCGGCAUUCCUUCGACGUAAACGAGAAAGACCAACCACCCCCGAGGACGAGCUACCGAAUGAUCCACCAGGCGUUCCGAUUCCACUGGGUCCCAAUGAACCUUUUUAUUCUGACGAUGAAAAAGAAGAGGAUCCUGAUGCCCCUGACGAAGUCUAUGUGAUCAACCCCAAUCAUUUUAUGCCGGCUCUUCCACCACCUUCCGAACCCGAUGAAGAAGAAGAAGACCCUGUACAUAGCGCCUUGCGACGCGAGCAACAUUUUGCCCAACGACUUCGCCACGAAACUUGUUGGACAUGGCAACACGCUCUGAUGUUGCCCAUGUUUCUCCGUUGUCGCUUGGAGACAUCUAAUUGGGGUCAAGUCGAUAGAUGGAAUCAUGACUUUCGACAGCCUUGCAACUGUGCAGGUAAGACGGAGAGAGAUGUCAACUUGGUGGAUCUGACCAGUAGACGGCGUGUCAAGAUCAGUUUCUGCAAAAGAUGCGACCCCUCCGAUAUGGUAAGGUUGUUGCUCAUGGGUUAUAUUGGGACCUCCCCAGUUCGGCCCGAAACCGCAUUUUCGGUUCGUCUCCUGGUGCAUCACCACUCGCAGUGGCUAAACUGUGCUGUUCCUACUCAAGGCUUUUGUAAAGCCCUUGAUGAAGUCCUUGACUCCCAAGCUAUUGUCGCGUAUCGGGCGAUCUUACUUCAAAUCCGUACUAUUGAAAAUCAGAAGCUUCAACUUUCAGAGCUGGGAGUUCUUGCUUCGAACUGUCCCAAGUGUUUCGGCCCUCCAGUUGGAAUCACCAAAACUGAGGAAGCUGACAUUCACGUAUGUCUGGAUGGAAAUUUCCAACAUAAACGGCAUGCAGCUGCCAGUGUGGAAAUACCGGGGUAUAAACCUGCCCGACCUGAUAUGUUUCUGGAUCCAGCUCUUGUAGACCGUAUGAAUCGAAAGUUGAACCGGUCAAAACCUAUGGAUGGUGAAGUCGAUCAAUGCACCGAAGCGCACACCACCGCCAACAAUGCAAGGGGGAAAACCCACUUUAAAAACAUGGAUGAGUCAGGACUACUGGCAAUGGCGUGCCGCCAUGACCAUGUCCUGAAAUACAUCAAUCUGAUACAAACCGGAGAGAAAGCAUGUUACCCACUAGCCCUCAUCGAGUGGCUUCUCGAUGUAUUAGAAAAGAAUCGGAAUCACUCCAAUAAGGUAGGAGUUCUCUAUGACAUAGGAUGUAAUUUGGAUAAGACCAUCAAAAAUCGAGAACUAUUUCCCGAGGAGCUAGAACAAAAUCGUUUGAGGCUUGCUACAGCUUUAUUCCAUUCCUACGCACACCAUUGGGGAUGUCAACUAGAGUACAACCCUCGACUCCUCAAAUGGUGGGGCAAGUCUAAUGGGGAGGGGUGUGAAAGAGUAUGGUUUAAAAACUCAAAGCUCAUCAAAGGCAACCGCUAUGCUACCAAGCAGCGUAGACUGCUGGUCAGCUUUAUUUAUUGUUUCUUUGGGUUUUUGUCCAUUGUAGAAGGAGUUGAUUUAUUGAAAAGAUUGGAAACUUUAGCUUCGUUUUUGAGUACCCAGACUAAGAAGUACAUAGCCGAGCUGGCCUCGCUGCAGUCCACACUAGACAAACUGGCACAGGCCAAUCCCGCUCAUACUAUCGAAUACUUUGAUGCCCAAUGGGAGCGUCAGCGGAACUUACAACUAGCCGCUAUGACCGUGAAAGCUAAGGAGAGACGGGAGCGACUCAAAGUUUUGCUUCAACUUGAGGAGCAAUUGAUAGAAGCUCGUCAGAAGAUGAACGAUCUCAACCCUCAUGCCGCCCCAAUUCGAACCAAUCAACAACGAGACAAACUAAUUGGUCUUCCCAUGUCCCUAGCAAAUCUCGAGGCUAAGGUGCAAGAAGUAGCCGAAGAACUGGGAUUCGCCGAACUGUUGAAUGUUCGACGUGGAAGUGCUCAAAGGAUCAAGGCGGUCAUCACGGUUCAGGUUGCACUGUCCUUGUUAUAUGAAGCGAAGUUUGAUGUAAUUCAACAGGAAGCCGAGGCUGAGAAUCGAACUGGUAGGUUCAAACUCUAA